AUGCAAUUCGCUAAUGAUUUGGAGCGGAAAGCUUUUGACAAGCUGGUAAAGAACCUGCCUACAUUGAUUGAACAAAAAUGCCAUGGCCACGAUGAGCUAUACGGUCAUAAGCUUUUGCCAGGAGAAUAUUACGAGGAAACAAUUGCGCACGCUCUGGUGUACAAAUUCUGUAAAGCGUACAAGUUUGAGUACGAGGCAGCAGCUUCUGCGCUAUGUAGUACUUUGAACUGGAGAAAAGAAUUCGACCCAUUGAGUGCUGCUUUUAGCGAACGUCACGACGAAACUUUAACGAAAAUAGGUGUGCUAACCAAAUAUCCUGAAGAGCAGGCCAACAGGAAAGUUGUGACCUGGAAUUUAUAUGGGACUUUGGCCAAGCAGACGCAUGUUUUCAAAGACAUCAACAAGUUUCUGCGGUAUCGAAUUGGACUGAUGGAACGGUCCAUUGGCUUGCUGGAUUUUGACGAUGAGUCAAACAACUAUGUGGCACAAGUUCACGAUUACGAUGGCGUUUCUAUGUGGAGAAUGGAUCCUCAGAUCAAAAAGUGCACAAAACAAGUUAUUGCCGUUUUUCAAGAACAUUACCCAGAGUUGCUGUCUGCCAAGUUUUUCAUCAAUGUGCCUAGCCUGUUGACGUGGGUUUACGAUGUGGUUAUGAAGUUUGUGAGUGAAGACACUAGAAAGAAAUUCGUGGUGCUAAACGAUGGUACCAAGUUGGGCCAAUAUCUUCCAUCUGCUCCGUCCAUUCUUUAUGGCGGUAAGUCCAAAGAAACGCUACAGGCCCAAAAUGUCCUUGAAGUGAGGCCGACCGACUAUACACUUCAUCUGUUCCAGCAGAAAGUAUCUGCGGAUGUCGAGUAA